AUGGUAGUACAACUUGUGAUCAACCAAAUUCCUAGAUAUCUCAUAGAGAUGGUUGUUCAAGUUGUGAUCAACCAAAUUCCUAGAUAUCUCAUAGAGAAGGUAGUACAACUUGUGAUCAACCAAAUUCCUAGAUAUCUCAUAGAGAUGGUAGUACAACUUGUGAUCAACCAAAUUCCUAAAUAUCUCAUAGAGAUGGUAGUACAACUUGUGAUCAACCAAAUUCCUAGAUAUCUCAUAGAGAUGGUAGUACAACUUGUGAUCAACCAAAUUCCUAGAUAUCUCAUAGAGAUGGUAGUACAACUUAUCAACCAAAUUCCUAGAUAUCUCAUAGAGAUGGUAGUACAACUUGUGAUCAACCAAAUUCCUAAAUAUCUCAUAGAGAUAAUAUCUAAAUUGUGUGUAAUACCUAACUGA